GGCAGCAAUUAUAUUGUAAUUAAUUAAUCAUAAACGCUGCAAUGUACCGAAACGCAAGGUAUUGGUUUAAAACAGAGACAAAGGAUCAAGGUUGAAACCAAUUUUAAUACACCGUGCGGUACCUGUGCCACCCAUUGCAAGGUUGCGAUCGCCACCUCCGCCAAUCGCCGCAAGAAAAGCGUAAUAACAGGUGGCUCCGCGUCGUGGCAGGUGGAUUAGUUUAUUUUUUUUCUUUUUCCACCUUUCCCAGUCGGUCUUGUUGGUGUAUGUUCCCCUAUUGUUUUCAAGCAAUGCACAAGCACAUAGUACCACCACACACCGCACAGUACUUGACAGGGCGUAUUGAAGGCAUCGUGUACGAAAUUUGAUCCGCGAUCGUGGGAGCCAACAAGUGUCAGCAGGGGAAACGAGAGAAAUAAUGAUUCCAAGGAGAAAUACGUCGUGAUAGAUGCAAUUGAUUGCAUCGUUGCCCGUGGAACAGGUAGAGGUUAUACGUACAAUAUUUUUGUCAGUGAUAUACGUAUGAAAGCUCGUAGCUGUGGUAAAACAAACAGCGAAAUAAUGCCGCCGUCGUCCCAUACGAAUUGGACGAAGCCUCUUCUGAAGAAUAGACAAACGAUGCAGAUGCAAGCGAAACGAACAACAUGCACGACACAAAAUCAAAAUUCAAACGGUAGUGGUACAGAACACAGUGGUAUUCCGCUCGACAGGAGAAUUAAAGUCGUUCUGGUAGGCGAUGGUGCUGUUGGAAAGACCAGCCUCGUUGUUUCUUAUUCAACGAAUGAUUUCCCUGGAGAAUACGUGCCCACUGCUUUCGAUAAUUAUAAUGUGGUUGUUAAUGUUGAUGGUCAACCAGUAAAUAUUCAGCUAUGCGAUACAGCAGGACAAGACGACUUUGAUCCUUUGCGAUCAUUGUGUUAUCCAGAAACAGAUGUGUUCUUAGUCUGCUUUAGUGUCGUAUGCCCUUCUUCUUACCAUAGCGUAUCAUCACGUUGGAUAAAUGAAAUACGAAAAUACUGCCCAAAUGCACCUAUUAUCUUGGUAGGCACCAAGAGCGAUUUAAGGGCAGAUGUACAUCUAACGUUACAAUUAGAAAGAUAUGGCCAAACACCAAUUACAACUACUAAAGGGCAUCAAUUGGCUCAGAGAGUAGGUGCUGUAAGUUACGUAGAGACGUCUGCAUUAACUCAACAUGACCUUAAAGAGGCAUUUGAUCAAGCGAUAGUUAGCGCUCUUAACACAAGACGAGGUGGUGCUAGUUUAUUAUAUAGACGUAGGAAACCUUUAUCAUUAUGGCGCAGAUGGCUGUGUUGUUGGGAGAGGCCUUCAAGCGGUGGACAAGUGUAAUUAUUAGACUUUUUAGAAUGCCCUCUGUGAUCAAUUGCGGCUACUUUGUUAUCGGAAUUCUUAAAUCUUAUUAUUUUACUUAGCUGAGAGACUAAAUUCUGCUAAUGGAAUUAAGGUAUUUGUACCUUUACGAUUUUUCUUAUUGCAUGAACCUCUUGCAAUAUUUAUAAAAUCGUGUAACAAAUUUGGUCUUUCAAUGAAUUUUGCAUCAUUAUCUAAAAAUAAGUAAUUAUUUUUUUAAUCAAGUAGUAUCAUACGCAUACAUUUUGUUCGUUAAUUGAUACUACUUACUUGAUAGGAGAUGUAAGAAAUAAUUUCUCUACUUUUUCUACAAACUUAGAGGAUUUUACAUUCUGAUAGCUAGGUCGUAUGCUGUUAUAAACUUCCUGAAGCCAGAUAUGGCAUAAUUUAUUAUAACAUUAAACAUAUUUUUGUUACUAGUAUGUAAUUGGCUACUUGCCGGUUGUGAUUUUUCGUUUAUCUAUAAGGUCAUCAAUUCUAGAAUCAUAUACCGAUAUUAUUAAUGUAAUAUCACAAACAAUAUUUAAUCCUUUAUUUUUCCGCGCUGCGAGAUUUAUAUAAAGUGAAAACUUUGAUAUAAUAGAUUCAAACUUUAAAAGCGUUAAUUCUUUGCAUGCUCAUUUUUAAUUAUUCGUAACAAUCACAAUGUAGGUUAUUUAUUAUUUUCUGAAUAUUUUAUGUACUAAAAAGUAUGAUCCACUAUUUGAAAAUCAAAUGUAAAUAUUUAUUUCUAAUUAAAAAAGACAGAGUGCAAAGGAAUUACAUGUAUACAUCACAUUAGAAUUAUAUAAUUGCAUUGUUAUCAAAUCAGUUAUUUAGUAACAUAUUUUUAUGUGAAACGCAUAAUAUUUGCAUGGAUAACUUAUCUAUUUGAAAGUAUAUACCGUUUAGAAAUUGAACAUAAUUAUAAAAACAAUGGAUUUCCAUGAAGUAUUGGAACUAACUAACUACUGUUGAAAAUAUUAAUAAGCGCUGUGAUUAUAAAACUUAAAUUUUUUCAAGUCUUUUCAUUUUUGUAUAUAAAAGAUAAAAAGGUACAAGACUGUUAGUGUCUUCAAUUUGAUCCCAUUUAACACAUUUCAAGAGACAAAUUAUAUCAUAAAUAAUCUGGUUUAAACUUUAAGUUAAUAUCUAGUAAUAUAACGUUAUCUAGAUUUUUUUAGUACCACAUAUUUUGUGUUUAAUGGAGAAACUAGAAUAAUAAUAAAGAGGGAAAGAAUAAAAACUAGGAACUUUGAAUUAAAAACAAUAAUUGUCUUGAAAUGCAUCACUGUCUGUUUACAUUUUUAUAAAUAUUUCAAAAUAACUUUUACAAUUAGUUUAAAGCAACAUAUAACACAAGUUGUUCUACAAACUUGUAUUAAAUUUUGAAAAUCAAAGUUGCUAGAAAAAGUAAUUGAGCUGAUAUCCACAAGAGAGAUACAACAUAAUCUUAAAAUAUUGUGUUUUAUUUUUAGCAAUUCUUUAAAGCAUUUCUAAACUGUCAACACAUUAAGGACCGCUAAGAAAUCUGUAAGACAUACGCCUAAGACCAUACGUUUUUGGGCAAACUGGAAUAUUACUAAACUCAUCGUAAUUUAAUUAUUUAUGAAGCAAUUUUUGUGAAACUUUCAAAAAUUGUAAAAUAAGAUGCAUUUUAGGUAUUAUUGAAAAAAAUUAUGUUUUUAAUAAUAAUCAUAACUUUUUUAAUUAAAAAAUAAAUUUGUACGAGUAACGGCCCGCGUUGGCGGUCGGGCCAGGUAGUCUAUGAAAGCGUGAAGCACCGGGAAAUAAGUGAAAAAAAACAUGAAGGCAAUCGAGUUUAAUACAUUGACUAUUGAUGUAAAUACUUAAAUAGACAAAGUAGAUGCCAUGUAUCAAACUAGGUGACAUCUAAAGACAGCGUGUAGAAAGCACGGGUUAUUUCGGGAUCCGUCCGUAACAGACGAGGCGCGCAACACGAGAAAACUCGUGAGCGAUCCUUAAUGUGUUAAAUUGUAUAACAUCAAUCUACAAUCAAAACUUAGCAAAUUAGGAAGUUUUCUCUACUAAGUUGCUUGAAAUACUUUUAAAUGAAAAAUCUAAACCACUGAAGUCUAAAAAAUAAUUUUAUAUCCAUUUUUUAUCCUUAUAAAUAGUGUAACAUACUUUCAACAUUUGACAAAAUAUUUUUAUAAAUUAUUUGAAAUGUUUCCUAGAAUGCAAUUUUUACUUUCUUCAGUUUUAGUAUGAUUGAUAUGGUAAAAGUUGAAUAAAUUUGUUUGCUCAAAUCUAUGCAUUUUAAAAUAAUUUAGCGUAAUUAAAUAUAAAAACACUAAACAAGAAUAAUUUAUAUAUGUAGAUGAAUAUUGCACUAGAUAUACAUUUCAAACUGUCAUUAGAGUUUGACAAACUCAAUAUGACUCUAAAGUACACGAGAUUGGUUGUUUUAAUGAAUUAGAUUACAUAUCUUUUCAUGUUACUAUUAGUAGAACCAAUGUUCCUGGACCUUUGAUAUUAAUAUUAUAAUAUUGAAUAUACGCUUUAAAGAAAAGAAAAGUAAUCUAUACGCACAAUGAAUGUCUGUAUUUAGGUAUAAUGAUUAUAUUAUCUUUUAUACAUAUUUUUUCUAUAUUGAAAAGUAUGUAAAAUGUUUAAAUUAUAGUUUGCGAUUACCAUGUUUUAAAAGUAAUAUCUUUUGUAUGAUUUAUUUUGGUUCUACAUCGACAAAAAUCUGUAAAUUAUAAAAUGAUUAUAUUUAAAAUUGAAUGUACUCAAAUAUUUCAAAAGUAUGUUUUCAAUGCAAAUCUAAAAAUUUGAAGAUUUUUGUUUGCAUAAACAGGAAUGAAGAUACUUAAUGCUACUCGUUAAUUUAAUCUGGACAAUGUUGUUAUUUCUGAUACACUAAUAUAAUUUUACAAUAAAUUUCGUAACAAUAUUAAUUGUAUAUAAGGUCAUAUACACCAUAGCUAUUAUACAGAUGCGGUAUUUAAAAAAAACAGCAUGUAUGUUAUACAAAAGUAGGUAAACUAUUUUAGACUGAAAAGGUGUCUCAAUGUUGUAAUAAAUGGUAUUAACAGUUGCUUAUCCUAUGUAAUAAAGUAAACAAUAUUUUUGUAAACAUUUUUCCGUAUCAUUCUAUACUUUUAAACUACAUCAAAUUUGUGUUGAUUAUUUUUCGGCGUAUGGAAUAUGAAAAUUUGUAUGCCAAUAAUAAAUUAAUCACGAAAUAAUUUGCUAGACUUAUGAUAAAUAAUUGGCAGUGUCCUCGAUGCUAUUUUUAGUUAUUAUGAGACAUAUAAAAGCAACAUAACACAGUUCAAGUAUGUUUAUGUAACAUCUAAUUUUUUGUACACACAUGUAUAAUUUUUUGCUAUUUAUUUUUGUAAAAAUUCAAAUCAAUCAUUUGUAUACGAAUAUUUGAUAUUUUCUAUUAUGAGUAGAAAAAUUUGCAUGGAAUUUUAUAUAUAUUUUAUUCGUGAAUUUAACUUUUCAUUAUCUAAUAUUACAUGUAAAUUUAAUCUUUAUAUUAUAUAAA